AUGUCUUGUGCUUUAAAAUGUAACACCGUAUUAAUAUAUAAAGGCCGUCAACGAACCAUUAGCAAUCUGACUGAGGCUGAUAUAGUGUCUAUGGUUAAGGCUGAUGCUAUGCUAGAAUCUGAGACUGUACUCUCAGACACUGAUUAUCAUGAAGGAAAUGAAAUUUUCCAAGAGCAAUCUCCCGACGAAGUAUUUACUUCAGAUGAACUGAAUGUUCUGCGUCGCAAGAUAUCUACUUUUGAAUAUUUGAUAGAUAAAGCAAAAAAGCAAUCAUUGCUAGAUUGUUAUUUGGAAAAAUAA